CCACUCUUCUUCAGUCAGUACUCGCACGCCGCCGUUAUAGUUUGUUUUGUGUUACGAGCUCGUCUCACGAAUUUCUUUUCGUCGCCGCAUUUACGUGUUUUUUCCGCGCGCGUUUAAUACCGCACGAUACACCGGCGUAUUGAUAUAAUUUUUUCCGUGUGUGCGAUUUUUUCAUUUUUAUAUACACAUAUUGCGGUAAAAUUCGUUUUUCUUUGGUUUUAAAAUUCCUAUCGUUAUUAUAAAUUUUUUUAAAUCGUCUUUUCCGAAUAAGCGCGGGCGAUAGUCGUGUCAGUAUAGUAUAUAAUAUACCUACUGGGAAGUGAAAAUUAUUACCUCGUUUUCGGCAUAGGCGUCCGUGCAGGAUAAUGUUCGAACCGGUGUCGGCGGUCGGACCCCGCGCGAAUUUCCAGCAGAUCACUUAACGCGAAAGCGGCGACUGCGUUUAGGGAAACACACACUACAGGACACCCCGCGAAUUUGCAGGCUCCUCCGACUCAGACCGCGAUCCAGUUGUCGCAGACGGUACCGGACGGCAACACCACUACAACCACCAUCACCACCACUACCACCACCACCACCUCCCACACACUGCAAUACAUGGCGGCCGAACGGCAGCAGACCUCGACGGUCCGACAGGCGUCCGCGGUCGGCCGGUGGGUCGUGGCCGCGGUGCUUUGUCUGGCGGUCGCGGCGUACGCGUGGCACGCGCACUCGGUCUUGGAGCGUCGCGUGGACACGCUGGAGGCCGCCGUAGCGAAGAUGCAGCAGCAGCUGUCGGUAGGACACUCGUUGUUGGGCUCCAUAAAUAGUAUCGAUCUGCCGCCCAGGAACAAGCGGGACGCGACGUCCGGACAGUGCCUAUGCCCUCCCGGGCCUCCCGGCAAACGGGGCAAGCGAGGGAAAAAAGGCGACACCGGCGAUCCAGGGCCAGCGGGCCCGGCAGGUCCGCCUGGGAAAAAUGGUUUUCCGGGCCCGAAAGGAAUGAGAGGGACCAGAGGCUCGAUGGGGCCCAUAGGACUGGACGGACCGAAAGGCGACGUCGGUCAUCCGGGUGACAAAGGACAGAAAGGCGAUUCCAGCGCACCAAACUUCGACAUAUAUGCCGCGGUUAAGGGAACCAGCAGUAAACGAUCUGUAACAACGCUGAGAGGAGGUACUCUCGGAUACGCAGAAAUCGUAGCCGUUAAGGGUGAACCGGGAGAGCCAGGACCGCCAGGACCAACUGGGGCACGAGGACCCGAAGGAGCAAUGGGGGUGGAAGGUAAACAAGGACCACCCGGCGCUCCAGGAUUGGUUGGACCAAAGGGCGACCGAGGAGAACAAGGGCUGCAGGGCACACCUGGUUUACCCGGACCAAUCGGUGAAAAGGGUCUUAGAGGCGACAAGGGUGAUCGAGGAUUGACGACGACGUUAAAAGGCGAUCAAUUCCCAACAGGCAUCAUUGAGGGUCCACCAGGACCACCGGGACCACCUGGAUUACCAGGUCACAACGGCACGGACGGUAUCUCGGAACCAGGUUUACCGGGACCCCAAGGACCUCCCGGUCUGCCAGGCACGUCAGGUCCUAAAGGUGAAAAAGGAGAUUAUGGAGACAUUGGACCUCCUGGUUUGAUGGGACCUCCUGGCUUACCAGGUCCCCCUGGAUAUCCAGGCCAAAAGGGUGACAAAGGUGACAAAGGCGAGUCGAAAUACAACAACAAAAAGAUCAGAAGACGACAAUUCCAAGGCGACGGCGCUUUUGAAACGAUUAAUGAACCUCAAUUAGUGGGACCACCCGGACCACCUGGCCCGGCUGGAUUGCAAGGUCCUCCUGGUAUUAAAGGUGAACGAGGCAAAGACGGCGACAAAGGCGAAAUAGGUGAAAAAGGAUCCAAAGGCGAUCCCGGCCCGAUGGGUUUACCCGGCCCGAUGGGACCCAGAGGAGAUUCAGUCCAGGGAAAGACCGGCCCGACGGGUCCUCCAGGACUGGACGGGAUGAAGGGUGGUCAAGGGGAGCCUGGUACCAAAGGGGAACGCGGAGAUCCUGGCCUGCCUGGUACGGAUGGCAUUCCUGGUGGUGAGGGUCCCAAAGGAGACAAAGGUUACAAAGGCGAACCAGGUCCGGUCGGUAAAAAAGGCCGGAAAGGCGACAGAGGUGACAAGGGCGAUCAGGGAGUGCCAGGACUAGACGCACCGUGCCCUAUCGGACUAGACGGGUUGCCUCUGCCCGGAUGUGGUUGGAGGCCGCAAAAGGAACCGACAACCACGACGAAGUCGUACCGAUCACAGACCACCGCAGAACCACCGGCCGACGAUUACGACGAAAACGGUGGAGGAGGUGGUGGUGACGAGGAAACUGGUGGCGAUUAUGGUGACGAGUACACCGAUGAGACGAACAAUUAUGACCCAACCGUGAAAUAAUAACACAGCUUGCGUUUGUUAUGUCAGAGAAGUUCAACGUCGACGACAACAAACUGUUUUAAACCAAAGUUCGGUGUACAUAUUUUUAUAAUAUUAUUGAUCACCAUCGACUUACGACGAGAUCUUUGUGCACCGCAGUUAUUACGUCAUUAUGUUAAUUAUAUAUUAUAAACUAAGUAAAUGUAAAUACAUUUUAUAUAAAAAAAUGCUUAUGUUCAGGUCAGCGCAGCUGUUGUUAUAGGAACCAUAAUUUAUACAAACGAAUGGAUUUAUUGUCUUUUUUUGUCAUGUUUAUAAUACAAUAAUUAUAUCCUGUCUUUAUACUAUAAAUCCAAUACCCUUCGUUUGAUGUCCCUCCCCAUUCAAAAUAAACUCAGUUCCUCAUUAGGUAACUAUUAAUACCGAUGACCAUUCAUCAACAUCUGUUUGUUAUUAAUCUGUGCAUAUUAUAUUUAGGGAUUUUACAUUAUGUUAAAACAAUAAUAGUUUUGAGUAACAUAAUACCUAUUGUAUUCUUGUUUUUGUAUUCAUAAUUUGCUGUUUAAAAAUUUACUUAUAAAAAUAAUAUAAUAAACCGUAAAACUUAUGUUAUAUAUUUUGUUACUGAAUUAUAAUUUUAGUUUUCAACCCUCAAUAUUUGUUUGAGUAUUUUGGUUGUUAACCCAAAUUAUUUAUUCAUUACACAAAUGUGUACCUAAUAACAUUUAAACUAAGACAUAACUACAUAAGUAACUGAAAUGUGAAAUAUAAUUUAUUUAUUUUUUUAAAUUAAUUUGUAAUUAUGCAUGCAUUUAAAAAUAGAAAAUCAAGUUAAAUUAGUAAAAUCAUAAUUGUGUUCAUUACAUUAGAUUAAGACAAAUGGGUAUGUUUCAAUUGUUAUUGAAAAGUGUGGUAUACUAUAUUAUAUAUUAAGACAAAAUGUAAUUAUACCUUAUUUAUACAAGAUAAACACUGUAAUAUUGCUAAUAAAUUAUACAUUUAUACUAAUAAAAUAAUUUAAUAAUA